UAGAUGCUAAGGCUGUAAACCUGGUGUAUAGCCUCCAAUAUCAUGACAAAACACCAGUGACUGACUUACUUACGUCGCAUGUUAUUUCUAAAAGAUUUCAAGAUGGAUUUUAUCGUGAGAAAAGACAGCUCGGGUUGAAAGAUCACGUGACACAUGUCACUAGAGGGGAUAGAAAGAAGGAAGAAGAAAUAAAGCUAAGGAAGAAAAGAGGGCUACCCCAGGAAGAAUUAACCACCACAAUUCCACCGGAAUAUGUUGUUGUUGUGACUUUAGGAGCUGGUGUCAACAAUCCUAACAGAACAAUAGACAGUGCUAUCCAGUCUUUACGUGAUUCAUUCUCCAAAGUACUAAAUCGUACACUGGAUAAAAUACGUGUAGACAGGAUUAGUUUAGCUGGAAAUGUUGUUGGUUUGUAUUUCUUGCGCCAUGCUCCAAUAGAUGAUGAUAUUCUACUAGCAUCAGAUCUCAUUCCAGCAAAAGAUAUUCUGGUACCAGGUCUUAUAUCAAAACUCCAAAAGAAAUUACCAGAUUUAAAUAUUACUGCCAUAUCAUUAGAUCAUCAAAUAUCAUUAACCAACUAUGAAACACCAUUCUGGACAAAACCAUUCUUCCCUUAUGUUACUGCAGCUUUAUGUAUGGCAGUGAUUACCUUGGUUACUGUUGUUGUUUAUGUUUGCUGCUGUAUAAAAAAUAAAAAGGCAAAAUUUGAGGAGCCACUGUCUCAUCUAGAGAUUUUUUAUCCCACAAUAAAACCAGAUGUUAAAGAUCCAUUAGGUAUACAACCAGAAGGUUGUCCAGUUUAUUUACCCAAAGGUUCCAUUACACCACAGCCAACUCAACCUGUACUUGUUAAAAAAAAACUUUUAGAAAGUAGGAGAGGAUCAAAUGCAUCAUUAACAAUAGAUUUAAAUCCUUCACCAGAAUUAACUAGAUGGGAUGGAACACCACCUAAAGAAAGCAGUGGUAUAGAAUUUUUAAUGUCAGCGGGAAACCGAUUGAGUCGAAGAGAUUUAAGAAAUUCUUUAAAUAAUACCAGAGACAUAUAUGAGGAAUUUUGGGAAAUUCCUAUGAAUCAUACUGAAAAAGUAUCAGUAGCUGGUUCGGGUAUGAAGAACAGAUAUAAAACUAUUAUACCCAAUGAACAUACACGAGUUAUAUUAGCAGAUGGCGAUGGUGAUGGCGAUCCACUUUCAUCUUACAUUAAUGCAAACUAUAUACGGGGGUAUGAAGCUGAAUCUAGAGCGUAUAUAGCUACACAAGGUCCCAUGGCUCAUACUAUUGUAGAUUUUUGGAAGAUGGUAUGGUUUGAAAGAUGUCCUAUUAUUGUUAUGAUCACAAAACUUAAAGAAAAAAGCAAGCCAAAAUGUGAAAAUUAUUUACCAGACACAACAGCCAUGUUUGGAGAUAUUGAGGUCACAGUUGACAGAGUUAUAAAUAGAAAUGGUUUUGAAGUUCGUCAUUUAACUUUACGUUGCGGUGGUGAACAUUUAACCGUCUUACACUAUUGGUACCAAACAUGGCCCGAUCAACGACCAUCAGAAUCUCCAAAAAUGCUGCUUCAACUUAUAAAGGAAGUGGAAUUACGCAGAUAUAAACCAGAUUCUAUGUUACCACGGGGACCAGUUAUUGUUCAUUGCAGUGCUGGUAUAGGAAGAACUGGAUGUUUUAUAUUUGUUACAUAUGCUAUAUUUAAUAUAAUUUUAGUGCCGGUAUAG